CUCUUCCCUAUAAAAACCUCGUUCCCCCCGACCCGCCUCCUCAGGAGCCCCAUGUUCAGACUCCUUUCGACAUUAAAGAGCUCCAGCUCAUUGGCCGCUUCCUUGAGACCAAGCCCCACCCCUUCACGCAAGAUCCGUCACUCAUUGAUAUCACUUCCUGUCACCCAGCAAUUCUUCCAGUUAAUUGGCCCUAUUCAGGCCCCGCUCCUUUUGCCAUCAGCAACUCUAUUAGGGCAAAUGCCUGUCGUAAUCCCGCCCCUGCCUUCUAUCUGUUGGUUAACCUUACGCCUAGGAGCCAUGUCCACCUUGUUCCCCUCCCUCUUCCCCCGUGUGACUGAGACACUGUGGUUUAAUCUGGAUCGACCCUGUGUGGAAGAAACAGAGCUGCAGCAGCAAGAACAGCAGCAUCAGGCCUGGCACUAUGAUGACGAGGAAGAGGAGGAUGAAGACGAUGACGAGGAUAGUGAAGAGGACUCAGAGGAUGAUGAGGACAUGCAGGACAUGGAUGAGAUGAAUGACUACAAUGAAUCACCUGAUGAUGGAGAGGUCAAUGAGCCUUCUCUCCAGGUAGACAUGGAAGGCAACGAACAGGAUCAGGACCAGUGGAUGAUCUAGGAAGACAAGGCAGGGUGGCCCCAGGGAGAUUCCAGGCCGGCCCAGCCUACCCUGUACCCUCUGCAGAACCAGCUGAUCGCCCCAGUGCAUGAAAACUCACCCUCAGGCACCGCCUCAGCUGCUGUCAGGACCUGGCCUCCUUGGCCCCUCCGAGGCUGUCAGUCUGCCCUUGAAUCCCCAGGGCCUGAGCCCACCCCACCUUUCUGGACAGUAUCUGACCCCUUGGUUGCCAGGUGUAGUCUCUUUCUGACUCUCUUUAAUAAAGACACAGGACUGAUUUUUUCCCUCCA